UACCUGCGUGGAUUGUCCAGGUUUAGGUUAAAUGCGCACGGCUCGGAAACACCGCGUUCACUGGCGCCGCGGAACGCUGGCCGUCGCGCGAGGCGGGGCCACAGCAGGUGGUUCGGUCGACGUGUUGUCAGCGCGCCCGCACAGUUGCCGCGGUAACGGCGCUCCGUGCUGGUCACUGUACUGAAGUCGGCGCUAAGUGUUGAGAAGCGCAGGGACCAAGUGAGCAGUGUUUUUCAGAUUGGCUGGACUGACGCCGUAGGCGAGUAAGGAAAGCCGCUGCUUGCGCCGCAGCGCUAGUGAAUCGAGUCCAUCCUCUGCUAUGCAUCAGUGCCUGCCAUACACCCGCGGCCGGCUCACCAAAAUGGCGCGGGCUGCUGCGUAUCACUAGUGCAGGGUGGGGGCGGACAGUAAAAAGGUGUGACGCAGUGUAACGUGAUAAAAUGUCGUUCGCACAGCGUGCGAACUUCUACGACACGCACUGUCUGCGAUGUCGCCAUACAGUGUACCAAGUGGACAGAGUCGGUCCUCUGAAGGACUUCACGUUCUUCCACUCACAGUGCUUCAAGUGCGCAGUGUGUGGCACCAAGCUGACGCUGAAGAACUACUACAACAACCAGAACAGCCAGGUCGACAAGGAGGUGUAUUGCCAGAGCCAUGUGCCGAAGAUCACGCCUGGCCAGAUCGACGGCAACGCGGUGGGCAUCCGCACUGCGCUCAGCGUGCCGAAGUCGCAGACGUACGUCAACGAACAGAUCCGCGCCGGCGGCAGGGCCAACAUCGAUAAUGAGGCGAUGCUCAUCAAGUCAGUGCUCAACACGAGCACCAGCCAUCCGCCGCCCUCCAACGGACACAGCACGAGCAAUCACAGUGACUACAAAUACGGACGUUACGACGCGAGUGCGCUGCAUAUUCAACAUGCCCUUAAGCAGACCGUGCUUCAGAAGGGCUACAAACGCGAGGCCAAGCCCAUCACCGAAUAUUUGGACAAGGCCGAACAGGAAGAACUGGAGAGGAUACACAGAGAAGAAGAGGACAGACUUUACCAGAAGUUCGCCUCGCAGAGAGAGCAAGAAGACAAACGAUUAAAGGAAGAAUUCAAGGAAGAAUGGGAGAAAGAACUAGAAAAACUCACCGCCAAAUUCGAAAAAGAUAUGAGCAAGCGGAGAAGCAAAGACGACGUCAAGGUUCUAACAGUGAAGCAUCUAAAAGAAAAGGAAGAAUUCGAGAAGAACAUGACCAUCAAAAGAGAGAAGAAGAAGGAGUCAGUCACCAGAAAGCUUUUGGAACACGAAAGAGCCGCCACGGCCGCGCUGGUCGACAAACAGAGCAAGGAGAUGAUGUCCCUUAUCAACGAGCGCAAGAUCGAACACAUGAUGACGCAGCUGGGCGAUGAGCGCGAGGAGGACGUGCCGGAGCUGCACGAGUACCCGGCCCAGCCGCCGCCGCCCUCGCCCGCCACCGUCGGCAAGAUCGAAAUCUACGACGACCCGGAGGUCUUCAGCGAGGUCGACCAGCUGGCCAUCCAGGUGGCUCAAGAGGACCAGAAGACGUUCACGGACCUGAUCCGCCAGCUGCUCGGCAACUACGCGUCGGACGUGGAGAAGGCCCGAACGAUCUUCCGUUGGAUCACUGUGAAGAACCUCAACCAGAUGAACUUUGAGGAUGGCGUGCGCACGGACACGCCCAUGGGCCUGCUGCGCGGCAUCAAGUACGGCACCGAGAGCUACCACGUGCUCUUCAAGCGGCUUUGCAGCUACGCCGGCCUCCACUGCGUGGUCAUCAAGGGCUACAGCAAGUCUGCCGGAUACCAGCCAGGAGUCAAGUUUGAGGACAACCGAUUCCGCAACUCUUGGAACGCCGUCUACGUGGCCGGAGCAUGGCGGUUCGUCCAGUGCAACUGGGGCGCCCGACAUCUGGUCAACGCCAAGGAGGUGCCCAAACCUGGCAACAAGAACAAGUCGGACAGCCUGCGAUACGAGUACGACGACCACUACUUCCUGACGGACUCCAAGGAGUUCAUCUACGAGUUCUUCCCGCUGCAGCCGGAGUGGCAGCUGCUGCGCCACCCCAUCACGCUGCAAGAGUUCGAGGAGCUGCCGUUCGUGCGCUCGCUCUUCUUCCGCUACGGCCUCUGCUUCCCGGACGAGGACACCAAGGCGGUCAUGCACACCGACUCCACGGGCGCGGCUACCAUCCGGAUCGGCAUGCCCACUCACAUGCAGUCCUCACUCAUCUUCCACUACAAUCUCAAGUUCUACGACAACGACGGCGACACGUACGAAGGCGUCAGCCUCAAGCGGUUUGUCAUGCAGUCGGUCGUGGGCAACAUGGUGGCGUUCCGCGUGCACGCGCCCACCAGCGGCGCCCUGCUGCUCGACAUCUUCGCCAACGCCGUGACGCCGCGCGAGUACCUGACCGGCGAGCCGAUGAAGUUCAAGUCGGUCUGCAAGUUCAAGAUCGUGUGUCGCGACCUGCAGACGGUGAUGGUGCCACUGCCCGACUGCGCCAGCGGCGAGUGGGGGCCGAUGAAGGCCAACAGGCUGUUCGGCCUCAUUCCGGUGACACACCCGGACGCCCUGAUCUUCUGCAACCGGGAGCUUGAGGUGCAGUUCCGCAUGUCGCGGCCGCUGACCGACUUCAUGGCCACGCUGCACCGCAACGGCACCGAGGAGAAGCGGCUCGGAAAGUACGUGAGCCACAGCGUCAGCGGCGAGCUGGUCACCGUACGCAUCACCUUCCCCGAGGAGGGCCAGUACGGCAUGGACGUGUACACGCGCGAGGUGCAGCGCGGCGAGCACGAGUCCAACGAGAAGCACCUGCUCACGCACUGCUGCAAGUAUCUCAUCAACUCGUCCAAGAAGAACUGAGCGCGGCAAGCGGCGGCGGGAGUGCGCAUGCGCCAGCGACUGAGCGCCGAGCAGGGCGGAGCUGGCGUCGCUGCGCCGCUUGAGCUGCGCCGUGGAGGUGGCGGGCGUGGCACCGGGACCGCGUCCUGGCUGAUGCCGAUGUAAC